GCAUAUAAGGACGUGAGCGGCCAGCAGCCGGCAGGAACACCACACAGCUGCACACCCCUGUCCUCACUGCAUCCGAGCCCCAGAAAGACGCCAUGACGGCCACACUGCUGAGCAUGCUGGGAGCGCUGCUCUGCGCUCUCCUCGCCCGCGCCGACGUGAUGCCCCAGAGCGACUUCCAGCUGCAGAGGAUGGCAGGGAAGUGGUAUCUGAUUGGCUUUGCCACCAACGCCCACUGGUUCGUCAGCAAGAAGUCUGAGAUGAAGAUGGGCACCGCAGUCUUCGUGCCAACAGCAGGGGGCGACCUGGACAUGACCUACACCAGUGUGAACUCGGACGGCUCCUGCUGGAAAAUGACCCACCUGGCUAAGAAGACUGACAUUCCUGGAAGAUUCACCUUCCGCAGCCAGCGCUGGAGUAAUGACAAUGACAUGCGUGUGGUGAGCAUUAAGUAUGACGAAUACGCCCUGAUCCACACCAUCAAGACCAAAGGCGGGGUGUCCGAGGUGCUGAAUAAGAUGUACAGCCGUAGCACAGACCUGAGCCCAGAGCUGAUGCAGAAGUUUGAGCAGUUCUCCAAGGCGUCCGGCGUCCUGCCAGAGAACAUCGUCUUCCUGGCCAAAAACGGUGAAUGCCCAGAUGCCUAAAGUUCCACAACCCUUCAUCCCCAUGGAAACAGUUGCCGUGACCCCCACAGUGGUCUCAUUACUUCACCUACACACCCCUGACCUGCCACCCUGGUUUUGUGCGUCUCCGCCCACUGGGGCGUGGCCUCUGGACAGCCACACCCCUCCUCACCAGCAGCCAGCCUGGCCCCGCCCCC